GACGAAGGAAGCAGCGGCCUCUCUCCAAGAUGGCGGCGACCAUAGACAACAGCAAUGCUGCUCUGGCGACGAAGAAGAAGCACCUCGGGAUCCCGGAGGCCGCCUUCGUGGAGGACGUGGACACUUUCAUGAAGCAGGCCGGCAACGACACGGCGGACGCGGUGCUGAGGCGGCUGGACGAGCAGUACCAGAAGUACAAGUACAUGGAGCUCAACCUGUCCCAGAAGAAACAAAGGUUGAAAAACCAGAUCCCACAAAUCACAGAGACGCUAGAAAUCCUCCGACACAUGCAGAAGAAGAAGGAAACCACAGAUCCCAUGGAGACUCACUUCCUGUUGGCUGACAAUGUUUACUGCAAGGCCUCAGUGCCGCCCACCGACAAAGUCUGUCUAUGGUUAGGGGCGAACGUGAUGCUGGAGUACGACAUCGAUGAGGCGCAGGCGCUCCUGGAGAAGAACCUCUCCACGGCCUCACGCAACCUGGAGCAGCUCGUGGAGGAUCUGGAUUUCCUGCGAGACCAGUUCACCACCAUCGAAGUCAACAUGGCACGAGUCUACAACUGGGACGUGAAGAGAAGGAGCAAAGAAAACCUCCUGAAAUCUGCUGACAAGUCUUAAUGUCGUCCUCCUCCUCUUCUUCAGCUGAAUAUCUUCUCUUUAGUCCGAAACAACGCCCGCCCGCCCCCCCCCGUCUCCCAAGAUCAUGUUCACCCAGCACCUAGAGGACGGGUUCAGAAUAUUAGCAAAAGUUGUGCGUCUAAUUUAGCGCAGGUGUCGUACGUUAACCCGGAUAAAACCAAGUCACAAUUCUCUGUUUGAUUUUUAAACGCGUCCUCUAUCGUGUGAAACUAAAAAACUUUCACCGCAGCUGUUUCCUCCUGAUUUGUUACUUUUUAAAAGUAUUUUUUCAAGUAAAAAUCUCCAAAAGAAAAAAGGCAACCACGCAAGUUUUUUGUAUUCUUUUUAAUGAUUUAUAUCACUGUGUUCCUGUCAUUGUUUGAGGGGCCCCUGGCUUUGUCUUUCUCUCUCUACACACCCGUCACUCGUGGGUUUGUGUGUUUUUUUUGGGGACAUUUACUCGACUUUCUGUAAAAACACAGUUGCCAUUAUUCUCCAUAGAUUGAGAUUCGUAGGCUGACUCAUCUUAACAGAAGAAGUUUUCAGGAUUGAACAGUUUCUGCCUUGUAGCUCUGCUUUUCACUUCAGGACUUAGAGGAGCUCACUGUUGUCCUUUGACCACCCCCCACCCCCCCACCCACACCUCUUCUGUUCUGUUCUGUAUUUAUUUGUCUCCCUCUGUACCAUGAAAACGUUGAAUGAAGUAAAAAGGAGCGAACACUCGGGCGAAGAGACGAGAACGUGACCUGGUGAUGUGUGUUGUUUAUCGUCUGAUCUCUAUAAACACAAUCUGCAUGUGAA